GUGGGAUGGAGCUGGCAGAGCGCCUCCUGCAGGAUCAGAAGAUGUGUCAGAGUAAGCAGGCCAGUGCGGGGCUGAUGGACAUUAAGCUGCUGUUCAGCUACCUGCAGCUGUUCCAGGUCACGGACAAGGUGGUGUUUGACCUGAGUCUGGCCCGGGGUCUGGACUAUUACACAGGGAUCAUUUACGAGGGGUUUCUGACUCAGGCGGGCAUCGCUGCUGAAGCCCAGAAUGGUUCUGGUGCAGAGGAGAGUGUGAGCGUGGGCAGCGUAGCGGGCGGGGGCCGGUACGACGGGCUGGUGGGGAUGUUUGACCCCAAGGGCAGGAAGGUGCCAUGUGUGGGGGUCAGCAUCGGCAUCGAGAGGAUCUUCUCCAUCAUGGAGAAGAAGGCCGAGGCCUCAGCACAGAGGGUCCGCACCACAGAGGUUCAAGUGAUGGUGGUGUCUGCUCAGAAGAACCUGCUGGAGGAGAGACUCAAACUGCUCACUGAGCUCUGGAACGCUGGCAUCAAGGCAGAGGUAAUCUACAAGAAGAACCCCAAACUGCUGAGUCAGCUGCAGUACUGCGAGGACUCUGGGAUCCCCCUGGUGGCCAUCCUGGGAGAGCAGGAGCUGAAGGAUGGGAUGGUGAAGCUGCGCACCGUGGCAACCAGAGAGGAGGCUGAUAUAUCCAGAGCAGAUCUGAUAACUGAGAUCAAGAGGAGGACCUCUGAGGCCUAGACGUUAACCCCUGCCCCCCCCACGCCACCUUCAAACAGACUCCUUUGCAAUGAUGUCGACAUGCCUUCAGUGUCAGCACUGUAUAACAGGGAGCUGCUGUGAGGAACGCAUCAGUUAUUAUUAUCUACAAAGCUGCUACAUUCAUUUGUACAGCUCCAUCUCUGCUCUGUUUAAGACGUGUACUUUCUCCCUGCACCAUCUCAGCUUCUAACACUUUCAUUUGUUCCAUGGCUGUACUGUCAGGUGUCUGAAAUAAACUCAAUGCUCAGCAGCUUGUGUUCACUGACAUUCUCAGUUUAAAACAA